AUGAAGGUUCAAACAAAAGCAGUUCUCGCUCUUGCCAUUGCAUCCAGCGCAUCGGCGUUUGCACCUAACUCCUCUCCCAUGAUCCUCCCCAAGACUGCCUCUUCAUCAGUUGCACUUGAGAUGGCCACGGAACAAAAUGGAGAAAUGUCCGUUGUUAAUAACCUUGGAAAGGCUGCCAUGUCAUUGAUGACUGCUUCUGCUUUGGCUUUCUCGACUUCCACCAUGGUUCUUCCUGUCGAAGCCGCCCAUGCCAAGGCACCCGCAGCCGAGGUUGUUGUUGUCGACAAGAAGGCUGCCAAGAAGGCCGCCGAGGAAAAGGCCAAGGCAGAUGCCGAAAAGGCCGCCAUUGCCAAGAUGGGAAAGGAAGAAAAGGAAGUAUAUUUGACCAAGAAGAAUUUGAGCCUUGCUGAAAGCUCCUUGAAGGAAUACAAAAAGGUAGUCUCUGAUGCCAAAGGUGCCAAAUCCAAGGCCGACAAGGUCCUAAAGAGCCAAACAAAGACCACUGCAAACGCCAAAAAGAGUCUUGCGGAAGCCUCUAAGAAACUCCAAGCAGCCAAGAAGCAACAAAUGCCCACCUCUGCUAUUAAGGAACUUUCGGAGAUUGAAUCCGAAAAGAAGGCCGUCGCUUCCGCCGAGGAAUCCAAGCUCAAGGCAGCCGGUGCCGCGAAGUCCACUGCUGAAAAGCAACUGAAGGAUGGAACUGGUGCCGUUAAGAAGACCGAAGACAGCAUCAAGAAGGAACAAAAGAAGCUGAAGAAGGCCGAGAAGGCUUACGGAAAGUUCCUCAAGAACGAAAAGAAGGCCAAAGCUAAGGCCGCCAAGAAAUUGGCAGAGGAAAAGAAAAAGUUUCAGAAGCUGGAACAAGAAGCCAAGAAGCUAAAGUCGAAAGAAUCCGCCACCGAGAAGGAAUUGCAAGCCAAGGCUAAGGCUUUAGAGGCAGAGAAGAAGGCAAUUGAAAAGAUGCAGUCGAAAAUGUAA